AUGAGCCCAGAUGAACAGAAUGCCCGUCUCCUGGACUGGUUGCAAGGGUCAGAGCACCGUGCACCUUCCAACUCGCUCCGUUCAAGUCGAAACAGAUUGUCGACGACCGAGGAGCAAAGCCCAGAACCUAGUGAAGCAAGCGACGCUGCAAUCUCGCUAAAAGAUGUGCUACGCAACGAUCCAUGGAAUCACAAUGAGAUUCCUGAGGCAAUCCAUUUACCAGACUCCCAUGCAUCGUCUUCUACAGUCAAUGCGAACCUUUCUGGUCUCAACAUGACGAACGAUUCUCUGGAGGCCAUUUUGCACUCUGAUGGACCGGUAAUACCAUCUAUGGUUCCACUUCUGGGGCCGGUGCUAUCCUCCGCGAGUUCACAACAAGCAGAGGACGUAUUUGUGGGUACAGUAAGGACAGGAAGGCCUCAUACCCGGAAGAAGAAACGAACAACCCGGUUAACUUAUGACAAAAUCAUUGAAAAUGCGGGAAGAUCUCUGGAUCAUAUCAAGGACGGGAAUGUCGGCAAAGACUCGCGUCACAAUAGAGCCUCAGUUAUCUAUUACGAUUACACCGAUAGUUCCAGGUCCAGUGCGGUUCAUAUCAAAUCUUCUGGACGCAUAGCAGAUCUUGGAUAUCCGCCGCCCAAUGUCCAUCUCAGACUUCUUGUUGUGGAGGAUUUGUCGACAUCAACAAUCCAUUCGCUUGGGGAGACAUUUAGUAUCAAUCCUGAAUUCUUUGAAGAACACUUAUUGAAUUCGGGAUAUGCGGGUGCAGAUUAUAACAUGAUGCCUUCUCGGUCAUGGGCGACGGGUUCUUUGGAAAAGUCAUAUUUCUCAAUGAGGUGGAUCAGGCCCGUCUUUCGACAGCCCAUGUAUUCUUCGAGUCGCAGCAUGAAAGAUCUUGUGAAAGCCAGUACUCGCAUGACGAAAAGGGUUGAAGCUGUCAGUGAAACAGGUGAUGAAGACGACCCCGAACAGGACAAUCAAAUGGGGGUGGAGCAUUUUACCCCUUAUGGUGCCGUUACCACGACUGUUUCCACAAACAUUUUUCGGUCGGAUUGGCCGUUGUGGACAGACCCAGGAAAGACAGCAAAUACGAAAAGAGAGUGUGGAUUGGAAGAGAGGCUGACAGUCUGGAAGGGAACCUUGACGGGUCGUGACUGUGAUAUAAUUAUCAUUCUCUCGGACCCUUUGCCGCAGGUGAAAGAGGAUCAUUCAGCAUCCGAGACCAGAGAUCAUGAUACAGAUGUCUCCGAGGCAGAUACUGAUCUAGCCGAAAAGGGUCUUGCCCAGAUGUUUUAUGAGAGGCCACCCCGCAUUGUUGGGGAUACUAUCUUGUCUAUGCCUUGGGAUGACUUUCGGCCCUGGAAAAAGCGCUCGUUUCUUAAAAGACGGCCCCAAAGGCCCGACCAAGCCGAGAAGGAAUCUGGAGCGGGGAAGAGGGCGCGGCGUUACAUGCUUAAACGAGAGCGCGAUACUACGAGGAGUGACUCUGGUUUUAACAGGGGCCUCACGGACGCCUCUUCCCACAAGGUCAUUAUCAAGCAGAUUGUACCUCGAGACAAGGUCGCGGUUGAUCUAGAUCAAGUUUUCCGAUCAAAAUCGACAGCCAAGCUUCUUGGACACAAUCUCACCUCUCCAAAGUCGACUUCGGACGCAAUAUGCAGUGGGCUAGAGAAAAACACAAAACAACUCAACUUAGCUGAGCCGCUGUUCCAAAUCAUCAAGCAAGAUACUUUGUCACUUCUCAAGCAGCUAAAUCAUGUCUUUGACGAAGUGGAGACAGGAAUUCUUGACGAUGCCAUGAUGGAGGAUCGAUUAUCUUCAUGGCGUCGGGUCAUCGGUCGAGCCCAACGAGAAUUACCCGAGCUUAGAGCCUCCAUGAAGCCCUUCUUUGGUUUCAUUGCUCUGCUAGAUCCUCAUGGUGACACAACCACUGAGGCUAACUUGACCAAUAAGACGGAAAAAUCCCAAGAUCUUCGGGAAAUUUUGAAGGAAAUCAAUCAAGCGGCUGAGCGACUUCGACGGACAUCCGCUCUUCUGACAUCCAAUAUGGGAUUGUUGGAUAGCCGGCGCUCCAUUGAUGAAGCACGAGCUGUGAGCAGAUUGACAGAGCUUGCUUUUAUCUUCAUUCCACUCUCAUUUGCUACCUCUGUUUUCGGCAUGCAAGUCGAACCGUUUGCCGACCAUGUCCCAUUACGUUCCUUUUUUAUCGUUGCGGUCGUCGUAACAGCUUUUGCAUACUUAAUGCGAAUCACAAUGCGUAGCCGAUGGCUCGUCUAUCUGAAAAUCUUUACGAGGAGUGAGAUCCAGAAGUAUGCAGACAGUCAUGGUCUUCCCACACCAACCCGGUCAAUCCCUAUUCUCCUCGCUAUCCGAUGGAUGGGAAGCAGGCCUCGCCCAGCUGCCAAAAGACUUCGCCGAUGGAUUUCCAGAAUAACGAGGAAGAUUUGGGGAAUUUUCGGCUUCGUAGUCUUGUUUGUCCUGUUGAAUGGGGCAGUAUCGGCAACACCACUCGCUCUUAUUUGGACACGAGAUCUAGACUCCAGCACGCAAGGUGCUGUCACUAUUGCAGUCAUCUUGAUUGUAGUCAGCUGCGUCGGAAUUCCGUUCUGGCACCGUUCUGAUUCGGGAUUCCGAUCCGCAUUACCAAAGUGGAUCAUCUCUACUUUCAGUAUUCCACCCUGGGCGCGGAAAAUAUUCAUCUUUUUCAUUUUUAGUGUUGUACUUUUGAGCGUCACCUUGGCACCCAUCUGGACCAGCCCUCUUGCUUCUGGUAUCAAGGGCGGAGUGACGAUUAUUAUGCUCGUGCUAGAUAUUUUAGUCAUCUCUUUCUGGGUUCAGUGGUGGAGCUUUAAUGGAACCACUUUCUUUGUUUCUUGA